AUGGUCCACGUUUCCACUCAAGCCCUUCUCACUGCCCUCGCCGCUUCCCCCGCUAUCGCUGCUCCUCUAGCCCGUCAAUUCGAAUCUGCUGAAGAACAGUUCUCAAGAGACUACGUCGAGCCUGAGUUCGAUGCCCGCGACUUUACUGAAGCUCUCGAUGUCCGUGACCCCUUCAUCAUCAACAAAGGGCUAUGGGAGUUUGGUAAGAAAGCCCUUGCGGCCAUGGCCAUGGGCGGUGGCAUGGGCGUAGCGAUGGCCCCUGCCUUCUUUGCCAAGGAGAAAGGCAAACGGUCGUUCAUUGACGAGGGCGAGCUGGAUGCACGAGACUUUUUCGAUGGGGACGAACUGGAAGCCCGGGAGCCUAUCAACCUGCAAGGCCUCAAGGCCGCUGCUAGUGCUGUGAAAACAUUCGUCAAGGCGAAUAAUCGACUAGCUCUUCCCAUCAUAGGUGGUACCGCCUUUGGGCUCGGUGCUUGGGGUCGGAAGAAAACACUGCGUUCAUUUGAAGAAGAUCUCGAUGCUCGAGACGUGUUCGAUUCCGACGAGUUACAUUCGCGAGCAGACGACAUGGAGUACUUGGUUGUCAGAGCCGACGAUGGAUCGUAUCACCUCGUCGCACGGGAUCCAAACAUUGCAAACAUCCUCAAAGCUGGUCCGACUCUCGUGAAGGGUGUCCUCAGUUCGAACAAGAUAGUUACACCCUUGGUGAAGGCUGCCAAGGCCAUCAAGAAUAACCGCCGACUCGCAUACCCUAUGCUCGGCGCAACGGCCUUUGGACUUGGUGCUUGGGGCAGGAAGAAGACUUUGCGAUCAUUUGACGACGAUUUGGAUGUUAGAGGUUUGUUCGACUCGGGUAAACUCGACGAUCUUGAUUAA